AUGUCAUCAUCACCUCCCCCAAAUAGCAGUAAUAAUGGAUUGGGAGACUCGUUAGAUCGAAAUUCCGAGUCGAUUUCUCAAAGUCAACAGCAAUCAGUUGUUCCUUCAUCACCCUUAUUUUUCAAUUCUUCAUCACAACCGGGAUCAGAUAUUGGCAAUUCGCAGCAGCAGCAGCAACAACAACAAGAAAGAAGAAGAAAUGAUAUUUCUUCACCAUUGCAUUUUUCGUCAUCUGUACAUCAUACUUCUGACUUUGGCAGCAAUUUCGGCUCACAAAGAGCCAACAGAGCGCGAGACGUGGAUAGGGCAAUGAGAGGACGUCAAAGGAGAAGUGAUUUGAACGAUAGUGCGUCGUCUCCUCUGCGUAGAAUAUUUGCGCAUAGAUCUAAUCAGCCGGAUUUGAUGUCGAGUUCAUCUAUUGGGCAUCAUGAAUUAGGAUCGGAACAAGAAUCCGACGAACCUGUAAGAGUUAUUUGGGGUACCAAUGUAUCAAUUCAGGAAUGUUCAAACAAGUUUAGGGAUUUCUUAUUGAGCUACAAAUACAAGUACAGAAAGGAAAUGGAUGGCAAGGACAUUGAGCCAGAAGACCACGAACUUUACUACCAAUCAAAAUUGAAAACAAUUCGGGAGUUGGGAUUAACCAAUCUCAACUUGGAUGCUAAGAAUUUGUUGAGUUAUCCAUCUACGAGAAAGUUGUACUACCAAUUAAUUAAUUAUCCUCAGGAGAUUAUUCCUAUAAUGGACCAUACCAUUAAGGAUUGCUUGAUACAAAUAGUUAAUGACGAUGCUGAGAGCGAGCCAGGGGCAACUCUUGAUCAGAUUGAAACAAAUAUAUAUACUAUCCGCCCGUAUAACAUCAAUUUGGUUGAGAAAGGAAUGAGAGAGUUGAACCCAAACGAUAUUGAUAAAUUGGUCAGUGUUAAGGGGUUGACGCUACGAUCCACUUCAAUCAUCCCCGAUAUGAAGGUGGCUUUUUUCAAGUGUAAUGCAUGCGGCCAUACAGUCGGGGUUGAGAUUGAUCGAGGAGUGAUUUCUGAACCAAGUAAAUGUCCAAGAGAAGUUUGUGGCCAAACCAAUUCCAUGGUUUUAAUUCAUAAUCGUUCUUCAUUUGCAGAUAAGCAAGUUAUCAAAUUGCAAGAAACACCAGAUUUAGUUCCAGAUGGACAAACACCACAUUCUAUUAACUUGUGUGUUUACGAUGAGUUGGUUGAUACUACUCGUGCAGGUGAUAGAAUUGAAGUUUGUGGUAUAUUCCGAUCUUUACCAGUUAGAGUCAAUUCUAAGCAACGAGCAGUGAAAAGCUUGUACAAGACAUAUUUGGAUGUUGUUCAUAUUCAAAAGAUCAACAAUAAACGACUCGGUGCAGAUGUUUCCACUUUGGAAAAUGAGUUGGCGGAAAAGGACCAAGAAAUUGAACAAAUCAGAAAAAUCACUCCCGAAGAAGAGGCUCAGAUUAAGCAAGUAUCACAAAGAGAUGAUUUGUACGAAGUAUUAGCCAGAUCAUUAGCUCCUUCGAUUUAUGAAAUGGAUGAUGUAAAAAAGGGGAUCUUGUUGCAAUUGUUUGGAGGUACCAACAAAACAUUUAAAAAGGGUGGCAGAUAUAGAGGAGAUAUAAAUGUUUUACUAUGCGGUGAUCCUUCGACUUCCAAAUCACAAAUCUUGCAGUAUGUGCACAAAAUUGCACCUCGAGGUGUUUACACUUCAGGUAAAGGUUCGUCUGCUGUUGGUUUGACUGCCUACAUCACAAGAGAUAUUGAUACCAAACAGCUUGUAUUGGAAAGUGGUGCUUUAGUGUUAUCUGAUGGCGGUGUUUGUUGUAUUGACGAGUUUGACAAGAUGACCGAUUCCACUAGAUCAGUGUUGCAUGAAGUUAUGGAGCAACAAACCAUAUCGAUUGCCAAAGCUGGAAUUAUUACUACACUAAACGCCAGGACUUCCAUUUUGGCUUCUGCCAACCCUAUUAAUUCUCGUUAUGAUCCAAAUUUACCAGUUACUGCCAAUAUUGAUUUACCACCACCAUUGUUAUCACGGUUCGAUUUGGUUUAUUUGAUCUUGGAUAAGGUUGAUGAAAAGAUAGAUCGGCAAUUAGCCAGGCAUAUAACUGGUAUGUAUUUGGAGGAUACACCCGAAAAAGCCACAAAUCAGUUUGUACUACCUGUUGAAUUAUUGACACUGUACAUUCAGUAUGCCAAAGAGAAUUACAAGCCUGUAAUGACUGAGGAAGGCAAGAACGAACUAGUCCGGGCUUAUGUUGAAAUGAGGAAACUUGGAGAGGAUGCUCGAGCAGCGGAAAAGAGGAUUACCGCUACUACGAGACAAUUGGAAUCAAUGAUUAGACUAAGUGAAGCUCAUGCCAAGAUGAGAUUAUCGGAAACAGUGGAGUUGAUAGAUGUGAAGGAAGCAGUAAGGUUGAUCAAAACAGCUAUAAAGGAUUACGCAACGGAUCCUAUUACUGGUAGAAUCGAUAUGGAUAUGGUUCAAACUGGAACAACUUCACAGCAGAGAAGAAUACGUGAAGACUUGAUUAAAGAAAUCAUGAAAAUCAUUGAAGAGAAUAAUAAUUUGAUUAGAUUUAAUGAUUUGAGUUUGAAGAUCAAUGAGAAAAGUUCAUUUCGCAUAGAGAACAGUACCAUCAAUGAAGCACUAAAGAGAUUACAACAGGAGGGUAAAAUUGUUGAGACUGGAGAUGCCCAUAGAAGAACAAUUCGUAAAAUUGCAAUUGUUUGA